AUGGAGGGUGAAAAACCCAAGUACUUUAUUCACUUGUGGAAGAUCUAUGCUGCAGCUCACAUAGUUGAUGGUAAAAUUCCAAAUGAGCUACCUUUGACUGCUGGUGGUUCUCACGUGUCCAAUUCAACCAUUUCAGAUAGUAAUUCAAUAUUCAGCCGCUCAUUCAAAUCAAUUCAUUUGGACCCAAAAUUUGAUCCUGAAGAAAUAAAGGACGAAGAAUUUUUUCUGAACGUUGCUGAAUUGGAAAGCUUCAUUAAAUUUUCAUUAAAUAAAAUGGAGGAACAGAGUGCCGUGGUUGUGUUAAGCACAUUAUUAAGGACUUUUAACCUUCUUCAUGGUGCAGAUGUUGAUUCGAGCUCUGACUCUGAUGAUUUUAAUUCAAAUUCGGAUGAAUCCACUAGGUCUGAUUCUGAUGAAUCAUCUUCAACCCAACAAGAUUUAAAAAAUCUGAGAGAAGGAGCCAUGAAUGAAAUGAUCAUAAAUCCAUUAAUCACCUUCUUUAAUAAGCUUUUGGUAGUUCAUGGAAAAUAUAAGUUCAACACUAAUAUGCCAAAGAAAAUCAAGCCAAAGAAACCCAGUCAGGUUUGGGAGUCUCACAAGGCCCAUAAUGAUGGUGAAUACCCAAAACAGCUUAUAAAUCGUAUCAUGUUCCACAAUUGUAAGCUGGAUAUUGCAAUUACACUAAAAAGUGGUCACAAAAAAACAUCUGUUUGUGCUAUAGAGAUGAAGGGAAAAGAUGUCUCAGGAGUUCUUGAAAAGCUUAAAGACACUAAAAAGUUUUCCAAAUUAGCAAAAGCUUUUCGUCAAUCCGCCCAAUAUCAAAUUUUUCUCAAAGUAAAUACUUACAUGAUCAGCAAUUUCAGCAAGACAAUAUAUUUUGAAUAUCCGUUGAAAGGAUCCAAAUGGAUAAGUAGAAACCAGAAAAAGGUCUAUUUUACUGGUAAAUCGUUGAGGUACAGAGUCUUUGAUAAUAGUGGAUCUACUCCACCACAUUCAAUACAGCUUCAACUAUUGCUAAUGUUGAAAGCUUAUGAUGCUUUUAAAAGAAACUCAAUUACUGACGAUUGGCUAAAGGACUCCAAUGGUCAAUAUUUAUUAGAUGAACAAUCAUAUAGAUCAAUGGAUGAAGGUUGGAAACCAGAUCUUUUCAGUCCAUUCAUUGUUUCCUUGUUCAAACGUGGUUUCAAAAAGAAACUUGAAUCAAGUGGUAGAGAAGGUCAGGUGGUUGGGAAAAAGAAGCAAAGAUCAUUAAAUUCUUUCAAAAAGAAGUCAUCAAAGAGAGUUGGAAAGGGAAUUGCUCCAUACAGGUCAAAAGAUGAUGAAAAAUCAGCCGGUACUACAACUAUUUCUGGUACUAGACAAAAAACUGAAAAGAAAUCCAUUCCAUCAAGUAUUUUGUUCCCAGAGAAACCUGAUUUUCAUGUUUUGAACUAUACGCUGUUGAGCAGUUUUUCAAAUAGCAGAAGCACCAAAAUAAUCAGUUUUUUGAAUACUAAUCAUUUAUCAAGAGGUAAUAAAACCUUUUCAAACGAAAGGGUAUUUUUCAAAAUUUUUGAUGUUGUGAAUCUACAAAGUCUUCAUAGUUAUAUUACUGCUGCUGGUAUGCCACGUUAUCAAAAAGAAGUUCAAAAGUUCACUGAAUCAGAAAUUAAUAUAAUGGCGUCCUUAGAAGGCCACUCCAAAGAUUUCAAACACAUUCUGGAAAGUCUAAAAAAAACUUACGUAAGAGAAAUAACAGCUUUAAGAAAGAUCAGUCAAUGGAAUUCAACACAUAGUAUCAAAGAACAGAUCAAUUCACCUAAAUUACUACAAUAUGGAUGGACUUAUCUUGAAUUACCGUUUGAAGGUAAAUAUGGAUAUGCUUAUUGGGGACCUUUCAUAUGUACAGAAUACCUUGAAUUCAUAAAUGAUAAUGAAUAUAAAGAUAAUCCAAAACGGAUUAAGAAUUUGAACAGACAAAUUGAAAUUCUUUUGAAUGCAGGUAUCGAUCACAAUGAUUUUAAAAAGGAUAAUUUUUGCUUUGAUAAAUUUGAUCAAGCAUUCUUUGUCGACUUUGAUCAAUGUGUCAUUGAUGAUAAUCGGUAUCUUAAGAAUUUUGACUUUCAAAGAAUUUAUCCUAAUGAGAAAUGCUCCUAG